AUGGCGCAGGUGGCCAAGGGCGACGUCAGCAUGAUGAUCCCGCUGCGCGGUGGCAUGCGGGUACAGGUGCAAACGAUGCAGGGUAAGAGACGAAGUCGGAAACCCAGCCAAAUCAACGUAGGUCAGAAGCUGGAAGUGGACGUCGAGCCUAACGAAACGGUGCUCGACCUCAAAAAGAAGCUCAGCAGCAAGCAGAAGCUGCCAGUGGACCAGCAGCGAAUCAUCUUUGAGGGCAAGAUGCUGCAGGACAACAAAACGCUGGCCGAGUAUAACAUCAAGGUGGGUGUGGCUCGCGAAGCAAAUGACGCCAUGCAGCACAACUCGGUCAUCCACAUGGUCCUCAGGCUACGCGGCGGCCAGCCGUAG